AGGCGAACAAACAGAGCAAUUCAAGGCAUUAAGAGACACAGAAGAUAUUAUCACACAACAGCAGAGAAGAUCAAAGACAGUCACAGAGUAUGAGCGCGAUUCAGCAGCCGGUGCCUCAGGAACAGACCAGAUCUUCAACCAGGCUCUUGUCGUCACACCACAGCGUGUUGGAGAUGCUACAGCGCGAAGAUUCAAGCGACGGGAACAUCACAAGUGAAGAGGCGACACAGUCCAGCAUAGAGAACGAUAGGGCCUUAGAUCUGGCACCAUGGCAGUUCAUAGAUAGCAUGGAGCUGCCAAGACCAACGAGCUCGGUGCUCUCAAGUAGCGACACAGAGGAGGAAUACGACCCAAUACCCCCGGCCCGCGGGAUGCCCUUACCGCCUUCACCUUCAUCAACAACAUCAACAACAGCGGCAACAGCAACCGCCACUGGGAUGGCCGGUUCCGCUGUGUCAAGAAACCCCAUGGGCAACAGCCGUGUAGAUGAUGAAACAACAAUAGUGGUGAACUUGAACGAGUUGGCGCUUCACCAACGCACCGCGUUCGAACAGACACCUGUUGAUGUUAGCCUUGUGCUCCCUGACUUUUCCAUGGCCGCAGAAGAUACGCCACAUCAACAAUACCAAGGUGUUGUUGAUGUACAGCGUCGUUUACAAGACCGCGUGUUGAUCAUUGGUCAUCGUAAAGUGAACCUUUAUAAAUCGUUGAGUCCAAUACUCCGCGAUCGGUUCACGUUGGACUCCACUGGUUCGAAUUACAGGAUUGUGGUUGUGAUAUUUGAUGGGUUGACCAAGAUUGGGAACAUUUUGAACUUCAUAAAGGCAAAUGACGUGGAGAACAAGCUGUUUGUUCCAGUGGUUAGAAACAUCAGCUAUAAGAUCAUUGAAAGAUUGUUAACACUAUACAAAAUCCAGCUUUUAUGCAUGCCAAUCCAGUUGGAUGAUGAAGAGUCACUAAAAAAUCUGUUAGAUUUGAUUAGUGAUGAUGUAAUUCUUGAGGAUUCGUUCAAAACCGUGGCACACAGUAUGGUGGAUGAUAAAAGGGCACCUCGUUUGUUGACUGAUGACUCUUCAAACCAGAGCAUCUCAAUGACCCAUGAUUUCGAAUCGUACAUGCAAAGAUCCAAGAAAUUACAAAGAAGGAAGAAGAAGAGGUUUACGUAUUCUCUAGUUGGUAUUGGUAUCAGUGUUGGAAUAGGUAUAGGCGUCACUAUUGCAAUUGCAAUGUCCUACUUCAGAUCCUUUGAUUCUACGAAGUCUGCAGUUUCAACAGUGGAUACAAGCCCAACACCAAAGAGCCUUAGACAAACAUGGAAAUUGUUCUUCAGAUCAGGAGAAGUUUUUACAAAUGAUGCCUUGAAAGGACACAUCUUUCGUUUCAAGCAGCUGUUGAUGAAGCUCUCCCAAACCUUGACACAGCAAUCCUCACAUUGUUCUAAUGAGUUGAAAUCCACUAUAGGUGCCUUUUGGAACGAUUCUCGUGACUCUGUGGAUUAUCUACAGCUUCUUGAUAUUUGAACAAUUGCAGUCGGUAGUACAGCAAAGGUCAUAGAGGGACAUGAAGUGGGAAUGGGAACAAGGUAAUAGUGUGUUGGAGCAAUCCAAAUUAAACUAAUUUUAACGGAAAUAUCUAUAAAUUUACUGGGAAACAUAC